AUGUCUCUAUGCGGCCAGUGCACCAUUUGUUACUCAGCAUUCACUCCGACAACAGCCUUUGCUUUGCCAUGCGGACACACGUUUCACGAGCAUUGCAUCGGACAGUGGCUGGCUGUCGCAACUGCAAGAAAGGGCACUGAGAAACUUGAUUUGAAAGAGGCUGAAUUAUUGCAAGUUCGACCUAUGCUACACGACGUUAAUGAAACGAAGAGCGAGAAGAAAGUCUUAAAGCAACUGCUUGAAGCGAGUGAUUUGGCUCUUGACGCACAAAAGAAGAAAUGUCGUGAAAUGGCUCAAGAACUGGAAGUGAAGAAUAAAAGGGUUUCUGAACUUGAAAUGGAGAAGAAACGUUUGCAAGAGGCGGUUCGCACGCUCAAUGUCGCACGCUCACAUCAAGGAGUGACAACAGCUCAGAAUCCAAAAAUUAAAAACCUAUUUGCUCUCAGAUCAUCGAAUGUUGAUGAAUUUGACAAGAUUACUGCUCCAAAAGGACCCGCUCACCGAGUGUUGCCAUUAGCUAUUACGAGUGAGACUAUGUCGUUCAAAGAUGUUAUGGAUGGGCCUUCAGCUGUUAAGACCAACAAUGUUUCCAAAAGUGGUUCGGAUGGACUUGGCGGCUCAAUUCAUCGUCUUGGUGAUCGUGCUCUCACCCGUAUCGAAAAUGCUCCUUCAAGCUCCUUGUUGGUUUUGGGUAGCUCGAGUUUGCCAUUCUCUUCAAAAUAUCCGGCUCCAGCUCAACCAAUCAGCGAGGGUCUGCAAGCCACAAGGCAAGUCUUCGACGAGGCUCUUAAAAUCAGAAAGGUCACGAAAGCCAUCGAACCCAGGGUGUCCAUCACUUUGGAC